AUGAGAGAGCAGAGCACUCAAGGGCUAGUGGUGGUGGUGGAUGGGGGUGGUGAGAGAAAGGGAAUUCCUGGAAUUCCUGGAAUGUUUGUGGGAAAGGUUGGGAUUGGAAUUGAUGGAAUGGUCGUGGGAAUGGUUGGGAGCGAAGGCAGAGGAGGCAGAGUCACCUUGGGCAGUACAGUGGGGAUGGACGGCAGUGGCAGAGAUGGGACUUGGGUGCUGGGCAAUGGUGGCAAUGUGGGCUUCGGCAGAGUUGGAGUCGUAGUCGGCAGCGUUGGCACUGUGGGGUUAGGCAGAGUCGGAAUUGUGGACAGCGCCGGAGGAGGAGCUGCUGGCGUGUCCAACAGACGGCGAGCUCCCAAGCUGGUAUGGAUGCUCAUGAGCGACAGAGCAGCAACCAGAGACAGAGCAAAGCAGAGGUUGGAAGCAGCCAUGGGGGUUUAA